UUUGCCAUUCGCGUUACGCAAAGGUUUUUUACUUUUUUUUUGUUAUAUUUUAUCGCGGGCCGGCAAAGGUAUAAGCACAUACAGCCAGCGUUUCUAGUUUUAUGUUAUUAAUUUAUUCGCCAGUCCUAAUUAGUCAGUUGGUCAGUCUCAUCACGUUCAAGUCAAUAAAAAUCUAGUGCCUAAUAGGUGUGAGUGCUUUGCUAUAGUGUGUAGUGUUAAAACAAAAAAAAAAAAAACAUUUUUUUCAGUAAUUAUGAAGUGCGUUUAUUGUACCAGCAUUCAAGUGCCACAGAUUGAAUUUAUAAAAAUCAAAUUUACUAAUGUUUAAGUUAAAAUUGUGAUAAAGUUUUUUAGUGUUUUAGUUAUUAGUAAGUUUAAUAACUAGUUAAAAUGUGUUAUUUCAAUGAUGCUGAUUUCGUCGACAUAUUUGGCGUGGGCAUGGAGAGCCGUGUGGGUCUGGACUAUAUCGUGGAACACGCUGAGUAUGCAGGGAAGUUGGCAGCGGCCCUAACUUCACCAGCAGCGCCCGUCAAGAAACAGGUGUUCGAGCUUCUGUCUGCAUUAUGUGUGUACAAUGCAGAUGGCUACGCACGCGCCGUGGACACCUUGGACCGAUAUAAGACCCUGAAAAACGAGAGGUACCGCCUGAACAUCGUGGUGGAAGAGCUGAAGAAUGCCACCACGACGGACUACAAGACCGCCCUGGUCGCCUUCAUCAAUUGCCUCAUCAUUUCUGCUCCGAGGUUGCCUGACAGAAUAAGAGUCAGGAAUGAAUUCAUUGGUCUCGGUCUCCUGCCUACUCUCAAUAACCUCAGACAUGAAGCGGUCAGCCACCCAGACCUGGGGGUCCAGCUGGACGUCUUCGAGGAGCAGCGGGAGAGCGACGAAGCGCAGGGUCCCGGGGGAAUCAACCUCAACUCUCAUCUAGAUGUCUUCUAUGCUAUUCUCAAACAGGUCUCAGACACUCCCCAAGAGAUCCCGUUCCUCAGCAUCCUGCAGCACCUGCUCCGCAUUGACCCCAAGGAGCCAGUCAGCGAUAUCGUGUGGGACACAGCGGAGACCUUGGUCCAUAGAGCCACCUUGCUGGAGAGUAGGGAAGACGCCGCCAAACUGCUCAGAGCACCUAGCGUUCAGGCUAAAGUAGGCUGCACUUGUCAACAUAGAGAUAUAUCAGGGGGUGGUAGAAAGCAGAGUUUGCAGCGAGCGCUAUCCCCUCCACCGCCGCCGCCACCGCCGGCACCUGCGCCUGCGCCGCCUUCAGCAAUACCACCGCCACCACCAGCUAUGAUGAUUCCGCCCCCACCACGAGCGCCCGCUCCCCCCAGCCUCCCGCCGCCCGCGCCCGCUCCCCCCUCCCCCUCCCCGCUGCCGGAUAUCAAACUGCCCCAACAGGAGACGCCAUUACCGAAGACCAAGAUGAAGACUAUCAAUUGGAACAAAAUACCAAACAGCAAAGUCAUCGGACAGAACAACAUCUGGUCUAUAGUGGCGUCCAGUCACAAGCAUUCGCCAAAAACAGAACUUGACUGGUCUGAAAUGGAGGGGCUGUUCUGUCAACAGGUCCAACCAACUGGGUCUGCUGGCUCGUCUCCUCGUCUGGGUCGAAGCCCUAUUUGCGACAGUUCAGGAGAGAGAAAGCCGAGGAAAGAGUCUUCGGAGAUCACACUCCUGGAUGGAAAGAGGAGUCUGAAUGUCAAUAUAUUCUUGAAGCAGUUCCGAAGUUCCAACGAAGACAUUAUCCAACUGAUCCGGGAAGGUUCUCACGACGAUAUCGGCACGGAGAAGCUACGAGGUCUCCUCAAGAUCUUACCAGAAAUAGAUGAAUGCGAGAUGCUCAAAGCUUUCACCGGGGAUGUGACGAAGCUGGGGAACGCUGAGAAGUUUUUGUUGCAGCUGAUACAGCUUCCGAACUACAAACUCAGAAUAGAGUGCAUGUUGCUGAAGGAGGAAUGGGCAUCGACUGCAGGCUACUUGGAGAGUGCCAUCAACGCUAUCCUGGUGGCUGGAGAUGAUCUGAUGUCCUCUAGAGCUAUACAGGAGAUCCUCUACAUUGUGCUGAUAUCUGGGAACUUCUUGAACGCGGGCGGGUACGCAGGUGGCGCCGCGGGAGUCAAACUGGCGUCCCUGCAUAAACUGCCCGACAUCAGAGCCAAUAAGCCGGGAGUCACUCUUAUGCACUACGUUGCCAUGCAAGCUGAGCGCAAGAACAAAGAGCUGAUCCACUUCGCUGAUGAUACAAGAGUCCUAGAAGAGGCAGCCAAAGCGAGCGUGGAACAGAUUUACAACGAAAUCAAGACUCUUUCUAACAGGAUCGGGCUGCUGAAGAAGGAGAUCCAGCAACCUAAUACGCAGCAGGAUAUUAAGGAACAGAUGGGUGAUUUCUUGCAGGUCGCAGAACAAGAAGUGUCAGCGCUGAACAAAGAUAUGGAAGAAGUGGAAAGCAUGAGGAAGCAGCUCGCCGAGUUCUUCUGCGAGGAUCCUGUGUCGUUCAAAUUGGAAGAGUGUUUCAAAAUCUUCGUAUCAUUCUGCCUCAAGUUCCGAUCAGCUGUUAUCGACAACGAGCGUCGUCGAGCCAAUGAGGAGCAGGCUGCAGCCAGGAGACGAGCCAGGGACGCUGCUGCAGCUAGAUUCAAAGGUGGAAGUGUAUGCAGCACUCCAGUGUCAGAAUGCGAGUCACUGAUGGAGUCUCUACUGCUAGACAUCCGCAAUGGACUCGGGCGGAGGUCAUUGCGGUCGCGACCUCAUGACCCUUCACCUUCGCCAGAUGUGACUCCAACGGGCAGUCUUCGCCGCCGGUCCAGGAACAGCAAUGGUGGUGAAGACGAAGAGACCCUGCUGGAGUUCCUCAGGCACACCUCGCCGGCCGCACCGGAAUUACGAGAGAGGAGUGCUUGGGGCAGUCUCGACCGUUCCUGGUCCCGUCGAGCACCAAUCCGCGCCCGCCUAGAAAUACCCGAGCGGGAGAGGGAGAGGGAACGCGAGGCAGAAAGAGAAAGAGAGAGGGCGGCCUCGCCGCGAGCGCCGGUGUCUGCGGCCGCGCAGCCUGAGCCACCGAAACCCAAAGAAUGGCGCCAGAAGAUAGAAUCCUGGCUCCGCGCGAACAGCGUAGAAGAGAAGAGAGAUGCAGAGUUAAGGGAGAGAGCGAGACGGCUGCAAGCUAACAGGCGAUCCUUGGAAAACGACUCCGAGAGCGAACGAAGCACGACCCUGGACCCUCUGCCGGAAGGUUCGGAGUGCCGCGACGCCCGCGACUGGCGCCCCGCCGUGCUGCCAGACAGCGACGUCGUCAGGGCCAUUGAGGCGGUUGAAGAUGUUCAACCGCCAAAGAAAGACAGAGUACCGAGGAGGAAGACUGAAGAAAAUGAAGAAAUGAGGCGCCUCAGGCGACAGAGAUCACGACAACAGCUCGAAGUCACGCAACCACUUGUCUCCAUCACAGAAGAAGAUAGAAGGAAACUACCAGACAUAAGAGUCACUAGCGAUAAGGAGAGCGCCACUAGAGUUGAACGAACUGACAGAGAAAUCGAUGCAGAUAAUAUCGAAACUCCACCAGCUCAGAGGAAACAGUUUAACCCACCACCAGAAAGAGAACCUUGCAGGAAAUUCCAACCAUCUCUUUCCAAAUUCAAUUUGAACGAUAAAUCCAAAGAAGCCGAAAUGAAGGACCUGUGUCAAGAAAUAUUGGGCGAUGGGCAGUUUGACAGGUUUUCUGCUGCAAGAAGAACGAGGAGAUAUAAAAGAAAUACUGAUUCCAGUUCUCCAGAAGACGAGAAGAAACCUGAAAGUCCUGUGGAGGUCGUAGCUGAAACUCAAGUCAUAAGACCUUCGAAAUUAGAAAUCCAAGCCUCAUAUCCGGUAGAUGCACCACAAGAAGUAGCGAAACCAAUCGAGGUAGUGGUAAAAGAUGAAAAAGAGAAUAGACUGAGAAAAUGGCAGGAUAGACUCAAAAACCAAAGCCAAACUACACCAACCAAAGAGACAAAAGCGCCUUAUUCAAGAAUGAGAAGGCAGACUUCCAUAAACCAAGAAGAUGUUCAGAAAGCUAUUAGAGAACUGAAAUCACCAACUGAAUCACCUACGGGAGUGUGGUCGAGGAAUGCAUAUAGAAAAUCAAUUAAUGCUAAGGUUGACCAAAAAGCACCAGACAGGACCACAUCACCUCGAAUUCCUAAAGUCAAAAGUGAACAUGAAUUGAACGACGAAGGUUUUGAGGAAACUCAAAGCUUAAAUUCGGAAAGUGCUUCACAGGGCGCGUCAUCAGGUUGCAACGUGGAAUGUGACUCUCCGACCCCAAAAAUAACUAAAUCAUCAGACCCAAAGAGAAUAUCAACCAAAGAGACUCGUACUCCUCCAAGGACGCCUAUAGAUCCUAAGAGAGUGACUCCAAAAAGAGCAAAUUCGUUACGCGUAGAGAGAUCCACUUCUCGUGCGUCAUUGAGAAGUUCAAGGAGUUCUUUGAACAGUUCAGCUUCGGUUGCGACCGUGAAAAGGGCUCCUGCUCCAGUGAAACCGACACCUAAGCCUGUUUCAAAGCCAGUAUCCCGAAUGCCCGCUUCCAGAUCGUCGUCUUCAGGAAGCUCUGUCGGAGCUACUAGACCUCCUUUGAAAACUACUAACAGAACAUCAGGAUUUAUGAGACCCACACAAGCUUCUAAAGGACGUUUGACUCCACAGCAAAUAGUCAGAGCUACCGUCAAGUAAUUUAAGUUUUUAUCUGGUGCCGUAUUGAUUGCUGAAAAGACAUUAUUAUUAUUGAAUUUAUACUCAUUACAUGCAAGAGUGUUGUUGCGUGAAUGUUCAUUGAUAGGUUACGAUUCAUUCUACGCUUUGUAAAGUUUUGUAUCUUCCCUUAAAAAAAACGGGCGCUGUUAGUAUUAAUAAAAAAUUAUUAACAUUCAUAAA